GAAUUAUGCAUGAGGCGUGUCUUGGCUAGGCAGGGGCUGGGUGGGGAUUGGCUGGAGAGUCUGUAAUUCAGCGGUUUCCGGAGCUGCGGCGGUGUAGACGGGGAGGGGGAGCUUGGGGGUUCCGACGUCGCAGCGGAGGGAAGGAGCCCCAACCGGAUCCUUGACGAGCACCCCAGCUCGGCUUUGCCCCUCUGCGUCGCCUAGGAGAGGCCCGGCGGCCCGAGGGAGCCCGGCCACCCGCACCCGACGCAAGCUCAGCCCCGGCCUGUCGGGCCUCACAGCUGGAGAAACAGUUGGGACCCCCCCUGAUUUCAGCAGGAUGGCCCAGUGGAAUCAGCUUCAGCAGCUAGACACACGGUACCUGGAGCAGCUUCAUCAGCUGUACAGCGACAGCUUCCCAAUGGAGCUCCGGCAGUUUCUUGCACCUUGGAUUGAGAGUCAAGACUGGGCAUAUGCUGCCAGCAAAGAAUCUCAUGCCACAUUGGUGUUUCAUAAUCUCUUGGGUGAGAUUGACCAGCAAUACAGCCGCUUCCUACAAGAGUCCAAUGUUCUCUAUCAGCACAAUCUGCGAAGAAUCAAGCAGUUCCUUCAGAGUAGGUAUCUUGAGAAGCCAAUGGAGAUCGCUCGAAUAGUGGCUAGGUGCCUGUGGGAAGAGUCCCGCCUCCUCCAGACUGCAGCCACUGCAGCCCAGCAAGGGGGCCAGGCCAACCACCCCACAGCUGCUGUGGUGACGGAAAAGCAGCAGAUGCUGGAGCAGCACCUUCAGGAUGUUCGAAAGCGAGUACAGGAUCUAGAACAGAAAAUGAAAGUGGUAGAGAAUCUCCAGGAUGACUUUGAUUUCAACUAUAAAACCCUCAAGAGUCAAGGAGACAUGCAGGAUCUGAAUGGAAACAACCAGUCUGUGACCAGGCAGAAGAUGCAGCAGCUGGAGCAGAUGCUCACAGCGCUGGACCAGAUGCGGAGAAGCAUCGUGAGUGAACUGGCGGGGCUUUUGUCAGCAAUGGAGUAUGUGCAGAAAACACUUACUGACGAAGAGCUGGCUGACUGGAAGAGGCGGCAACAGAUUGCUUGCAUUGGAGGCCCUCCUAACAUCUGCCUGGAUCGUCUGGAAAACUGGAUCACCUCAUUAGCAGAAUCCCAACUUCAGACCCGCCAGCAAAUCAAGAAACUGGAGGAGUUGCAGCAAAAAGUUUCCUACAAAGGGGACCCCAUUGUACAGCACCGGCCAAUGCUGGAGGAGAGAAUCGUGGAGCUGUUCAGAAACUUAAUGAAAAGUGCCUUUGUGGUUGAGCGGCAGCCCUGCAUGCCCAUGCAUCCUGACCGGCCGUUAGUCAUCAAGACUGGUGUCCAGUUCACCACUAAAGUCAGGUUGCUGGUCAAAUUCCCUGAGUUGAAUUAUCAGCUUAAGAUUAAAGUGUGCAUUGACAAAGACUCUGGGGACGUUGCAGCUCUCAGAGGAUCCCGGAAGUUUAACAUUCUGGGCACAAACACAAAAGUGAUGAACAUGGAAGAAUCCAACAAUGGCAGCCUCUCUGCUGAAUUCAAGCACUUGACCCUCAGGGAGCAAAGAUGUGGAAAUGGGGGCCGCGCCAAUUGUGAUGCCUCCCUGAUUGUGACCGAGGAGCUGCACCUGAUCACCUUUGAGACUGAGGUGUAUCACCAAGGCCUCAAGAUCGACCUAGAGACCCACUCCUUGCCAGUUGUGGUGAUCUCCAACAUCUGUCAGAUGCCAAAUGCCUGGGCCUCAAUCCUGUGGUAUAAUAUGCUGACCAACAACCCGAAGAACGUGAAUUUUUUCACCAAGCCCCCAAUUGGAACCUGGGAUCAAGUGGCUGAGGUGCUGAGCUGGCAGUUCUCCUCCACCACCAAGCGAGGCCUGAGCAUCGAGCAGCUGACCACGCUGGCAGAGAAACUCUUAGGACCUGGUGUGAACUAUUCAGGGUGUCAGAUCACAUGGGCUAAAUUUUGCAAAGAAAACAUGGCUGGCAAGGGCUUCUCCUUCUGGGUCUGGCUAGACAAUAUCAUUGACCUUGUGAAGAAGUACAUCUUGGCCCUUUGGAAUGAAGGGUACAUAAUGGGCUUCAUCAGUAAGGAGCGGGAGCGGGCCAUCCUGAGCACCAAGCCCCCAGGUACCUUCCUGCUGAGAUUCAGUGAAAGCAGCAAAGAAGGAGGAGUCACUUUCACUUGGGUGGAAAAGGACAUCAGUGGAAAGACCCAGAUCCAGUCAGUGGAACCAUAUACCAAGCAGCAACUGAAUAAUAUGUCAUUUGCUGAAAUCAUCAUGGGCUAUAAAAUCAUGGACGCUACCAAUAUCCUGGUGUCUCCACUGGUCUAUCUCUACCCUGACAUUCCUAAGGAGGAGGCAUUUGGAAAGUAUUGUCGGCCAGAAAGCCAGGAGCAUCCUGAAGCUGACCCAGGUAGUGCUGCCCCAUACUUGAAGACCAAGUUUAUCUGUGUGACACCAACGACCUGCAGCAAUACCAUUGACCUGCCGAUGUCCCCCCGCACUUUAGAUUCAUUGAUGCAGUUUGGAAAUAAUGGUGAAGGUGCUGAGCCCUCAGCAGGAGGGCAGUUUGAGUCCCUCACAUUUGACAUGGAGUUGACCUCGGAGUGCGCUACCUCCCCCAUGUGAGGAGCGAGAACGGAAGCUGCAGAGAUGUGACUGAGGCACCUACCCGUGUUCUACCGCCCCUUAAGCAGCCAAACCCCAGAGCAUCUGAAGCUCCUCUUUGUGGUUCCAGAUUUUUUUUUUUUUUUCAAAUCUCCUACUUCUGCUAUCUUUGAGCAAUCUGGGCACUUUUUAAAAUAGAGAAACGAGUGAGUGUG